CAGGCAGGAGGUGUCUGGAGAACCAUGUCAGCCCAGCCAGGGAUGUAAAGAAGGAUCCCUUUCGCUUUUAUUCGUUUUUUUUUCUACCCCAAACAGCCGUGAACAUACAUAUUUUACAAUUUGGGAAUAUAUUUUCUCAUGAGCGAUGCUGGACCUGAGCUUGGAUUUGUUCCAACUUCUCCUCGUUGAGCGACAGAACUCAUGAAACCCUCUUCAGAGCGACGGGUUUAUGGACUUGCGUAUUAGCUAAUGAUGUCUGUGGGUUUUAUGCCUGACAGUCUGAAUGGCUCAGAUCCCUCUAAAUCGGCCUUCCUAGAGUUUGGCCACGGACAUCCGGCACACCAGCAGCACUCCCCCGGACUUUCUCACAUUUACCCCGUUCAUGGCUUGCACGCUGCCGGGCAUUCACAGCACGAAAGUCCUUUUCCUCCCGGCGCGUCGUACGGUCGCUCUCUGGGCUACGCCUACCCCGGCGCGGUGAACACUCAUCCCCAGUCUGCUUACAUGCCCUACCAGCACAGCAAUCACAGCAACAGCCUGGGCCACACGAGAUUAGAGCACACAGAUCGCGAGAAGUCCGUGGGGAUUGAAAACGGGGGCAUUCGCCUGAAUGGCAAAGGGAAGAAAAUACGGAAGCCUCGGACCAUCUACUCCAGCCUGCAGCUGCAGGCUCUGCACCAGCGGUUCCAGCAGACCCAGUACCUGGCCCUGCCGGAGCGGGCCGACCUGGCGGCCAAGCUGGGGCUCACCCAGACUCAGGUGAAAAUAUGGUUUCAGAAUAAGCGCUCCAAGUAUAAAAAGAUCAUGAAGCAUGGCAGCGGAUCUGAGGGAGAACAUCUCCACAGCACAAAUUCCAUCUCUCCCUGCUCGCCUGGGUUGCCCCAACUUUGGGAGGUGUCAAUGACAAACAAAGGAGCCCCGAUGCACCCAAACAAUUACAUGAACAAUUUUGGUCAUUGGUACCCAAAUCACCAUCCCCAUCAGGACGCGAUGCCCAGGCCUCAAAUGAUGUGAGUGGAUUGUUUUGGUGUCCUGCUCUCGGCCUGCAUGGAGCGCCCCUCAUGCUUCAACGAACUCGGUGAUCUCUCCAAAGGCCUCGUUUCAGCCAAAGCCAGCAAAACUGUUGUGUUCAAAUGUGUGUUGAAUAUAUUUUGUUCAUGUUCAUUGUAUUCCGUGUGCGUUUUGAAAGCAUUUUUCCACUGACUACCUGCAAAAUUCAGGUUGUUUUGUUAUUUGGUUAUGUCACUGCAGAAUCAAGUGCACGGCCUAAACUAACUGAAAUGGCUUAGUGUAUGCAGUUUAAAAACAGAUUCUGGAUAGAGGCAUGUUUGGACCGUUAUGUAGGUCUACUUCAUUAGCAGAGGAGUUCUGGCCAACCACGACUUUAAGCUGCAUGGUCCAACAUGGUAAAUGCUGUGAGCAUUAUGCAAAUAAACGGCUGUUGGA